AUGUCUGAGACACAGCUUGUGUGUCAGAAGUGCAGGGACCCUGUGUUGCUGGAGAACUCCCAUGCAUCAGGGCGGAAUGCCCUGAAGCGUGUGUGUACAGGUUGUGCAGCAACUGACAAGUCCUUGCAGAGGUCUUGCAAGACCAAGGUUAAGGGGGCUGACGAAACCCCGGCAGAGCAAGACAUGAGAAUGAAGGCCGAAAAGGUCAAAAGCGAAGUGGCCAAGAUGAGCGAGGAGGACAGAGCCGAAUGGUACAAGAAACAGAAAGCCAAAAGAGAAGCUGAAGGAUUCUCCAACAAACGCCGCACGUUUGAAUCCGGAGUGGGAAUCGUGGAGGAGAAUCGCAGCCGGCACAGCGGCAGCGAUGACGUGGCCCGGUGGACCAGAUUCCGAGACUGGGCCGCAACAGAAAGGUUGGUGACCGGUUGCUCGCCCGAGGAGCUCCCCACCCGUUGGAAGCGGGAGCUGGACAAGCCGACCAGCCAGACGAAGACUGUGAAUGGCGAGGUCCUGCUGCGUGUGUGGACCGGCCUGGAAGACAGAGAUGGCAGCCGCCACAGCAUCACAGCAGGCCUCAAGCAGAGGUGCGAUCUUCACAACUCCGAGGACUUGGAGGCCUUCGGCACCCAAGCGGACAUGCGGCUGCAAAGGGGAGAGACGUUGCUCCGUGCAGACCGCAUGAGCUCAGAUGCCGCCGGGGUCGUGAGAGAGACCCCUCUGCUUCAGAUCCAAGCAGACAUGGAGGCGUCGAGCAAAAUGAGGAUGGCGGCCGAAGCGCUUCUCUACGAAGAGGCCGAGAAGAUUGAGGAAAAACGGCGACAACUCCUCUCCCAGAGACCGAAGGUGUCAAGUGCGGCACUCGAAAAAUUGCAAUACGAAAGCAGCAUCAGCAGGGCUCGGUCGAGUUGUGAAGCGAGUUUGUAUCGUUUCAAGACAGCUCUCAAGACCGUGAAGCUGGAGAUCGAGCAGAUGUCCGAGAACGACCCCACCACCAUGGUCGAGAUGAAGACAAGGUCGGACAAGUUCGAGGAGAUCUACAAGGGUGCCGAGCAGUACUUGGAGGAGACGAUCGAGAAAUGGACAACUGCUUUGGAAAGCAACCCUUCGGACACCUCCGACGAGGCCGCCGAGAAGUGGCACCAGUACUUCAUGGAUGUUUCGGCCUUUGUGAAGACGUUCGCAUCAAAAGAUGCGGUGAAAAAGGUGAAGGACAACCUGGCGGAGAUCAGGGCCUGGUGUGCCGAGUACAAGAAGGGCUGCAACAAGAAGAAGCGACUGUCAGUUUCCUCGGCAAACAAGGCAGCCACCCAAGCAGUGGAGAACAUCAGCGAGGAUCAGGGCGUGGUGUUUGCCGCUGCCGACUGGGUUGAGAAGGAGAACCAGGCCUUUGCCCUGGUUCUGGCUGCAGCCCAGAACCAGCAGCUGUUGCAGGAGUGGCUGGAGUUGCCGUACUACGAGCAGCAGAAGACCUGGCUGGCCGAAAGCUGGAAGAAAGGCAGCGGCCCCGAGCUGUCAACCAACGUGGUCGCCAAACCGCAGCUUUGCACGAAGCUCAACAAGGAUUGGAUGAGCUGCCUUGGCAAUGCAUCCAAGCACAUCAAGGAUAUCUACUUCACAGCAGACUAUGCCUUGACUGAGUUCAAGAUGUGCUUGGAGGGCACAUCUGUGUGCUGCGGAUUCCAGAUCAAUACCACGAUGAUGAAAGACGGCUUCAAGGCUUUCUGUGAUGCGACCCUGGCCACGGACCCAAACGACUUCCUGAAAAUCUGCCAGAAAAAAGGCUGGAUUGUUCAUCUGUCCCCGGGCAAAGCCCUGGGCAUCCCAGCCGGCCACUGCUACUGUCAGAUGGCCCAGGACAUCACCCAUGGCUGCCGGGUCCUGAAGCUGAGGGCCAGCGAUGACAAGUCAUCCGUUGGCCUGCUGACCGCACGAAUUGCGGAUUAUCCAGAGCUGAUUGGUUUGCGCACUGGCAGGCUCCUGAACUGGAUUUCCGGCAGCCAGGAUGCUGCAGCUGCAGCUGCUCAUUUCGGGAUUGGCCCUCCAACAGUCAGCGGAGGGGUUGCUGUGGAUCCCCUUGUCGAUGUCUGUUUGAUUCUCAUGGAUUGGAAGAUUGAAGACUUCUGGCAAGAAGUUUUGGUCUUCAACUGCUUCACCUCCAGAGUCGAGUUCCGAUCUUGGGAGCUUGAAGACUUCGGGGCAGUUUUGCGAGCAUUAGACACAAACAGGGCCACAGAGCUUAGCGAGUCUGGAAAGGAAGACCUCUGGGGAGCAAAUGCUGCAUUCAUCUGCGGCAACUCUCCUCAGCAGGUUCCAGUUGCAGACCUCGGAAAUUUUGAUGUCUUGCUGAAGGCAACUAGUGUAGCACUUGCCAACGGACCGGUUAUUUCGUACCGUGACUGCAAUCUGCAUGGCAGCGUCGUCCGAAAAGAAAGGGGCCGUGUGAUAGAACAACGGCGUGCUAGCCUACAGGCACAUGGAGAAAUAAAAAUUGUGGAGUACCGGCCGAUACAGCGCCAGGACGACAUUGUCGCCAUCGUGAUGACAGCGGCGGGGGCCUCGGGAACGGGCAUUCCUCAAGAAAGCGAAGGCUGCGGGUCCAAUCUUCGAUGGUGGUUUUUCGAGAUCCUGACGUCGCUGCCUCCUGAAGCUGCCAUCGCUCUGAAUCUGGCGUUCGGGGCCCUCUCGCUGGCCACCGGCUGGGGCUGGCGUUGGGCGGGAAUCGCCGGCGGUUGGUCCUGGUCCUCCACAGGGCUGGCUGGUGGGUCACCCCAGAUGCCUGGAGCUUGGCGGAUGCUCCUUGUGUCUCUUGCUCCACAGCCAGCGUGCGCUGUGACGGUGGGAGCUUACAAUGUGCCACUAUCGUGGCACAAACUGCAGUGCGGGUACAGAGUGAAGUGGAUAGGAUGGCUAUUCAAUUUCAGAUCAGGGACUUUCAGUCUGCCAACCGACAAGAUUGAGAAGAUUCUUCGUUCAGUGCGGGUCGUUCUGCGGCCAGGCAACGUGGAUCGCUGCGAUCUUGAAAAAACGGUGGGUUUGCUUCAGUGGGUGAGCCAGAUUUCUCCUGAACUCCGCCCCUGGAUGGCAUUCUUGUAUUCGGAUCUGCAUAGACCGGUGGCCACAAACCAUCAUGUGGAUUCUGGCGAGUGGCACUUGCUGCAUGAGUACUUGGAUGAUAACCUGCGGUUCACCAGCCAACCUCCAGGCACAGCUAUUCCACGAGGUGCUCGUCUUUUGUCUGCCAGGCACAUUGAGCUGCACUCCAAGCAGGACUUGAACAAAGUUCCUCUGACUUCACGUCGGAUAUAUAUGCGUAUCUCCGAUCCCAAACAUCCCAAGCGCAAGCUUUCGGAAUGCAGCCGCAAGUUCAUGGAAUUUUGGGAAUCGUGGUGCAUGCGCAGCCCAUUGGAACAGUGCCUGCACCUUCCUCCACGGAGCAUUGCCUGUACCUUGGCAGCGGAUGCUUGUGCUCAGGGUUCCUCUAUCGGGAUAGGUGGUUUUCUGCGUGUUGAGGGCUCAUCCGUCUUGUGGUUCAGCGAACGAUUUGCGAAGUCGGAUUUCGAUGACUUGAACAUCCCUCUCGACAACAACACUCAGAAGAAUAUUGGUGCUGGGAGCUCCUGGCUCAAAUUGCUCUGGCGCUUCUUUUUGCAGAGACUUGCCCGGGCGGACGAUGCAGGCUUCAGCUGCGCAUCGGCAAAUCGUUUGAUGACUACGUCAUCCCCGCUCUGCUUUUUCGCUCAGCAACUGGCUUUUGUCGCUUUUAGACACGGGAUUACCCUGGACGUGCACCACAUUUCGGGCUUCCGCAACGAGGAGGCAGAUUACCUGUCCCGCUGGAACGGCACGGACCCUCUGUUGCCCGAGUUCGCUGAAACCUUUCGCUAUCGCUACCCAGUCAAGCGCAUGUGGCAGUCUGACCAUGAUGUGAGAGUGUUCCCGAAGGGCACUCGGCUCCUGUGGAGUCCUCCGUGA